AUGACGGUUGCGGUGCCACCAUAUGUUAUAUCUCAGGUGGCAGGCUCAAGCCUGGCAAUUCUCACCCUUUUUGUUAUGUUGAACACCAGCAUACCUAUAUGUGCCACGGUCACUCAGUUUUUCAGUCCAACAACUAUCCCUGAAGCUUUCACAUGGGAAGUCAUCAUCUCUUUUAUUCUAAUGCUUGCCAUUUGCGGAGUCGCCACUGAUAGUAGAGCGAUAAAUGAGCUCUCUGGAGUUACAGUAGGAGCCACGGUAAUAGUAAAUGUCCUCCUUGCAGGGCCAAUAACAGGAGCUUCCAUGAACCCUGCUAGGAGCAUAGGCCCGGCACUUGUCUCAAUGGAGUUUGACUGCCUUUGGAUCUACAUUGUGGCUCCCAUUCUAGGAACCACUACAGCAACUGUAAUCUACAGUCUUGUUAGGCUUCCCUUGCCUGAGAAUCGGCUUUAA